AUGGCUCACGCACUCAUCGCGCGACGCCAGCUCGCCUCCGCUGCCACCAGCAGAGCUAGCAUCCUCGGCCUGGUUCAACAGCGAAGCUACGCGACACCUCAUGGACCUCCUCCCGCCAACUUCCGAACGAGCAAGCCCGUGCAGUGGACCUGGGACAGAGACAGCACCCUCGAUCGAAUGGGAAAGUUUUUCCUCAUGACGGAGAUGGCGAGGGGAAUGUAUGUUCUGCUUGAGCAGUUCUUCCGACCACCUUAUACAAUUUACUACCCCUUCGAGAAGGGCCCUAUUUCUCCUCGAUUCCGUGGCGAGCAUGCCCUUCGACGAUACCCCUCCGGUGAAGAGCGAUGCAUUGCCUGCAAGCUUUGCGAGGCUAUUUGCCCCGCCCAGGCCAUUACCAUCGAGGCUGAGGAGCGAGCUGACGGAUCCCGCCGAACAACCAAGUACGAUAUUGACAUGACCAAGUGCAUCUACUGCGGUUUCUGCCAGGAGUCCUGCCCCGUUGACGCCAUCGUUGAGUCGCCCAACGCCGAGUACGCCACCGAGACCCGAGAAGAGCUUCUGUACAACAAGGAGAAGCUUCUCUCCAACGGAGACAAGUGGGAGCCUGAGCUUGCGGCUGCUAUCCGCGCCGACUCACCAUACCGAUAA